GCCGUUGGCUCUCGCGCGCGAAAUGUGGGUUUCAGGUGUCUCCAAUUAUCCCCUCCCUUGCUCCAGUAACUUUCUCAGGCGAUUCAAUGGCGGGCGAGAAGUUGGAGCUCUCGGUUUCAGAGCAGACACCCUAGAAACAUACAGAGCUAAUGAAGUCGAGAGCGAAGCAGCCAAGAAGAAGAAGGUGGUAAUAGUUGGGUCUGGUUGGCCAGGACUUGGUGCUGCUCACCACCUCUCUAAGCAGGGCUUUGAUGUUACACUCCUUCAAGCUACUAGUUGCUCUGGUUCUCUUGUAACGGGUCAGAAAAAUGCUGCGGCUCCUUCAUCAGAGAUUGGAAUCCCAGGUUUUCGGUGCCCCUACCAUAACAUUUUCUGUCUCAUUGAUGAACUUGGUAUCCAGCCCUUCACGAAAUGGACUAAGUCAGCACAAUAUUCCCCAGAGGGUGUGGAGGUUGAAACUCCAAUUUUUCAGGAUUUGCCUCGCUUACCUACGCCCCUAGGAGCCUUAUUUUACCCACUGUUCCCUCAUCUUCCUUCGGUUGACCGCCUGACUUCAGUCCCUCUCUUAUCAGCAGUCAUUGAUUUUGAUAACACAGAUGUAGCGUGGAGAAAAUAUGACAUGAUGACUGCAAGGGAGCUUUUCAAACAGCUUGGCUGCUCAGAAAGGCUAUAUAGGAACGCGCUAAAUCCAUUGCUUCUGGUUGGCUUGUUUGCUCCUGGGGAGCAAUGUAGUUCAGCUGCAACCUUGGGAAUGCUUUCCUAUUUCUUUGCUCAUCAGCAAGAUUUUGAUGUCGUAUAUUGUCGUGGGGUUGUUGGUGAGAAAAUUUUUAAGCCGUGGAUGGAGUCCAUAAAAAUGAAUGGUUGCCGAUUCCUUGAGAAUAGAAAAGUCACUGACUUUUUAUUAGAUGGGACAACAGGGAAUAUUUUGGAGGUAGUUUGCGGGAAUGAAAAGUUUCUGGCUGAUUCUGUUGUGUUAGCUCUUGGAAUCUCUGACCUUCAGCAGAUUAUUAUGAAUAGCUCAGUGCUACAAAUGCGAGAGGAGUUUUUGAAUGUUUUGAACCUGCGUGCCAUUGAUGUGGUUACAGUUCGUCUCUGGCUGGACAGGAAGGUUAAAAUUCCAAAGGCAAGCAAUACUUGCUCUGGCUUUAAUGAUUCAAUGGGAUGGGCUUUCUUUGAUCUGACUCUGCUUCAUGAUGAGUAUAAAGAUGAACCUGGUACAGUUAUAGAGGCUGAUUUUUAUCACGCAAACCAAUUUUUGCCGCUAAAGGAUGAGGUGAUUGUCGGAAAAGUGAAGUCUUACCUUGCAAGAUGCAUCAAUGAGUUUGAAGUGGCUGCUGUGGUAGACCAAGUUGUUGUCAGAUUUCCUAAAUCAGUAACUCAUUUCUUCCCUGGCUCAUACAAGUACAUGUUGCGUGGAUCGACAGGUUUUUCCAACUUAUUUAUGGCAGGUGACUGGAUAAUCACUCGCCAUGGUUCUUGGUCACAGGAGAAGGCAUAUGUGACUGGAUUGGAGGCUGCCAACCGGGUCAUCGAUUACCUUGGAGAAGGGAAGUUUGCUAGAAUUAUAGCAGUCGAGGAAGACGAACCUCAUGUUCAAGCAUUGCGCAGCCUUGGCAGAAACAUUAAUGAUUUGAGGACACAGGUGCCUUUCUCAGAUUUUUUCCUUUAGUUUCUAUCUCAAAAUUUUCAUGAAGUUAUUUGUGUAUAAGAUCCUGCUUCACCUUGCACUGAAAAGAAGAGGGAAAAGAAAAGAAACCCACAUCUUUGUAAUCGAAUUGUUUAAAUUGGUGUAUUGCUAAGAGUCAAUCAACCAUACUAACUUUUAUUUUCUUUGAAGAAAAAUCUGUUUCUUCUGUUCAUAUUCAAUAAAAUAAGGUGGAGUUCUGCAAUAAAA